CUGUCGUUGGAGUAGUUCGAUUCGAUAUGGGCGGUGUCCGAUGGGGAAAGGUACAGGGAGUAGAUACAGGGAGUUGGCGGGAUGGAGGGUAAUGAUGGCAUGGAAACAUGAAUCCGUAUAUAUACCUUAAGGCAACACUCCCGCUCACUCGAGAAACACAGCCAGUGCUUUGCACGUGUGGGCGGUGGUCUGGAGCGAUAAGCCACCAACACUAGCUUCGGUUACGUGAGGCUGCACAAGCAGGGUACUUGCAAGCUGUACGGUACACCAAGUUUGACGCUGCGCUGCUGUACUGUUUGUCGGCCGAAGGAAGGCUAUGGGACGGGUUAUGGUGCUGUAACCCGCUGACAGGGGAUGGAUUGGGUGCACAUUUUUGCAUUGUCUUCGUAUUUACGCUGCUCAUCGUCAACGCGGUAUGCCGCCUGGGCUCCGUCUGAACGCAGGUUCCAUGGCUUUGGCAUACGUUCUCCCAUCAAGGAUAGGGCAUUAUCAAACACUUGGCAGGCAUAUGCCACGAAUGAGCGCCUUGCUAAACAGUACGCAGACACGCAGAUCUCGCUCGCAGACAAAAGGCCGGCGAUCAGGUCAAAGUAGUCUCAUGGUCCAGCGAGGUCGGCGCGUUCGGCCCUCCAAGAGCGUGACCAUGCUCGGCGAAUCAGGCACUGGUGUCAUCUUCGACAGCUCACACGGUGGUCAGCCUCGUACAGGAGGCGAUGAUACCCAGGGGUUUCGACGCUUUCAGUGAGUAGUUCGGGUGCAGACACACUGCCGCAGCAGAGCUGGCUCGAAGUCAUCCAAUCAAAGAUCCAGGAAUGGAUGAUUUUCUUGUGCCGUGAGCAACGUAGUGGUGGCAUAUGCUCACGGUGAGCUUACGUGUGACGCAUCGGCAGGUUUCCUCACCGUCUAGAGCAGCUUCGAUACACUGAGUCUGGCAUGGACGCUUCCUUGUGCUGUUUCGAGCCGCUCCCCCACCGAGUUCG